UGCUCCAUGUCGUCUGCAGAUGGCGUCACUUGCUGCAAAUUCGAAUCCUAACCUCCAUAGGUUUGCAUUGAACUGCUCACGACAGUUAAUCAAUAAUAAACAAAAUAAACAAUCAGUCAAAGUGAUCGUAAUAGAUAUCACAGUGAAGUAAUGUUGAAAAAAGUGCUUUCCUCGUGUUUCUCCCCGUACCAUCCAUCACGAUUUCUGAUUAUAAAACGCGGAAAUGCAUUCUUUGAUUAUUUUCAAUCCUCACCACCCCCUACCCCCCCUUACGGCCACGUGUGUCAGAUAGGCGAUCCGACGUUGCGCGGUCAGGCUGAACCCGUGGAGCCGGAAAUCGUGGCAACAGUGGAUUUCAAAAAAUUUGUUGACCAUUUAAUCUCCACAAUGCGGAUAUACGAGGCGUACGGUCUUUCAGCUCCGCAGAUCGGCGUUUCCGCCCAAGUAUUUGUGAUAGAAACGACCCCAAAACAGGUAGAAGAGUGCAUAGUGACGAAAAGCGCGGGCCAGCCUGUGGAAGUUGUCCCUUUGACAGUAUUCAUAAACCCAAAGAUGAAAAUACUCGAUUAUCACACAAAUUCAUAUCCCGAGGCUUGCGCCAGUGUUUUCGGCUACAUUGCGCACGUGCCUCGUGCAAAAAGUGUUCAAAUUGAGGCUUUUGAUGUUACGGGGAAGAAGUUCAAGUGGAAAGCGGAGGGAUGGCCGGCGAAAGUUGCUCAACAUGAGAUGGAUCAUUUGCAAGGAAAACUGUUCACCGACAAAAUGGACCCGCAGACACUCUCCUGUGCCAUUUGGAGUAUUGUUAAUCUUAGAAGGGGCAAAGUUGCCAUUAAAUUCUUCCCUGAUCCAGGACGAUGGAUUCGUUUCAAGAGAAUGUUCUCGUGGAGCGGUUGAAGAUGUCUGAAAUGAGCUGAUGAAACGUAACAAAUGCAAUUUGAAGUUGUUGUUAAUUGUGCAUUUAUUUCCGAAACAAUUUGAUUCUGUUACGUUUGACCACUUGACACCUUGACUGAUUUCAU